GUCUCGUACGCCGGCAGUCGACCCGUGUCCCGUUCGCCCGACCGUCGUGUUGUUCCGCCACCGCCGAGUCCGGAAAGAGCAAACGUAACCCGACCGGGAACGACAACUGUCGCGCGAUCGUUUCGCCCGCGCAUAUCGUCCGACUUCCACACACGACUUGCUGCCCGUCGCUUACUAUGCGAGCGCGCCCGUCAUCACGUCCGACGCCAUCGCACAACCGUCCGUCCGACUGCGACGCAUCGCUGCCACGGUCGUCCGACUGAACCGCGAGUGUCCCGAACGCGUUAGUUUCGUUCAUCGUCCGGUGCGUUUCCUUUUUUUUUUCCUGCCACGUCUCCGAAAAGUUCGUUUCUCGCGAUUCCUCCGGGGCGGAUCAUGCGUCAGGCCGGAAACGCAUCUGGACUAGGCACCGCCGGGCAUGCCGAGUCGACGACAAACCAUUGAUAAACUAGACGGAAAAAAGGUCUGUGCCAGCAUGAGAAUAGUGACCUCAUGGAUUUUCAUGUCUCUACUGACCGCCAUAUUCGAAUCGUCUCAAGGCCAUGAUCACCACAAAGCUCUUAACAAUUACAAGAUCAACAAGAAACCGUGCUUGGUGAACGGUCUGGAGGGCACGUGCAUGUUUGUGUACGAGUGCAUCAACAGCAACGGCCGGCACAUCGGCAUGUGCGUGGACACGUUCAUGUUCGGUAGCUGUUGCGCACACAAUCUGACCGCGGCACAAGUGGCCAUGUUACCGGACGCAUCCGAACCGGCCGUGCUGUUCACGCAGCCGGGUGGCAACGGUGUGUCGCAACGGCCGCAACACCGGCCGCAGCAUCGGCCGUACCGGCCGUCCCAGGUGAUGAUGCGGCCCAACAACGCGGACGCGGACGGCGCGGCCAUCACGCCGUCGGUGGACAAGAAAUACCAUUACCAGCCGGCGUCGGCCACGCAGCAGACGCCCAACCUGUCGGCGCACGUCAAUCGCGUGCCGUCCACCAACUUCAUAUCCAACAGCCGGCCCAAUUUCAUGUCCAGGCCUGCUGCACUGCCGUACACCACGACCACCGCCCCGGCCACCACCACCACAAUCUUCACCACGGUGGCGACCAUCACCACCACUACCACCACCGGUCAACCAGCCAACCAGGAAGUGGACGACAACGACAACAAAGUGGACUCGGUCUGGUCCCACAGGCCUAGCUGGAGUUCGAGCGCGAGCAGCCAUCACGGGUUCAUCACUAAGCCGAAGCCACAGCCGCACUUGAGACCGCAGUACACGAUGCCGCCGACGACCACUACGUCGGCCACCGGCGACACGAACGCUCCUCACACAUCCUCGAUCGUGACGACGACCACCGCACCCGUGGCCGUGACGUCGACCACGACGUCGACUACCACAACGACCGCCGCGACACCAUCUCUUCUACAGCCAACCACCACCCCCGGGAAUCCGUCGGCCACCGGUACAGAGGUCGCGCCCACACCCGUAUACGGAAAACCGGAAAAACACACGGCCAAACCAGGCGUGUCGGCCGAGCUCAAUCAAAAAUCAAUGCCUUGUGGCCAAGCGCCUUUGCAUCCCAGACACGAGGUGCGGAUCGUCGGUGGCAGAAACGCCGCUUUCGGCAGUUGGCCUUGGCAGGUUUCUGUGCGAAGGACGUCGUUCUUCGGGUUUUCAAGCACGCACCGAUGCGGAGGAGCUCUGUUGAACGAGAACUGGAUAGCGACGGCCGGCCAUUGCGUUGACGAUUUGCUGACAUCGCAAAUACGUAUAAGAAUUGGCGAGUACGACUUCUCGACCGAUCAGGAGCCGUACCCGUUUGUGGAACGCUCCGUCGUCCGGAAAAUCGUUCAUCCCAAGUACAACUUCUUCACGUACGAGUACGACUUGGCUAUGGUACGGCUGGACUCACCGGUUAAGUACACACAACACAUAGUGCCCAUAUGCUUGCCCGGCUCCGACGACCUUCUCAUCGGUGAAAACGCCACGGUCACCGGUUGGGGGCGGUUAAGCGAAGGAGGCACCUUACCGUCGGUGCUCCAAGAGGUGACUGUGCCGAUCGUUAGCAACGACAAGUGUAAAAGUAUGUUUUUGAGAGCUGGCAGACACGAAUACAUACCAGACAUAUUCAUGUGCGCCGGAUACGACGACGGCGGCCGUGACUCGUGUCAAGGCGAUUCCGGUGGGCCGCUGCAAGUGAAAGGUAGAGACGGACGCUAUUUUCUGGCUGGCAUCAUAAGCUGGGGUAUCGGAUGUGCCGAAGCUAACCUGCCCGGCGUGUGUACCAGGAUAUCUAGAUUCGUACCUUGGAUUCUGCAAACAGUCACUUAGUCACAAUAUUAUUAUUACCUAUUUUUUUGUUUUCUUUUUUGUCACGAGACAAUUGUUUGUAUGGACGGACGCCUGAUUUGACUCGGUCAAACAUGUGAUUUAAAAGUUGAAGUACCGAAUCGGUAGACACGUGUACGUAAAUUUUCAACGUCGAAGAAAAUAUUAUUUUAGAUUAUUUUUUUUUUUUUAUUAACGCAUAUGUAAAUAGUUUAUAAAUAUUUAACCAUAAUUGAUAUUAAAAAAGAAACCUUGCGUUGAAUCUUUCUUCUAUAUGCGAAUAAAACUAUAUCUACUGUAAGAAAAGUUUAAUAAAUUAUUGAUUUGAAAA